AUGUUUUCUGGGAUAAAGAUCAUACCUCGUGAUGAGGUGCGUGAUGAUAGCUCAGAGGAAGAAAAAUCAAAAUCUAAAAGUGGGAAAGAUAGAAGAAGAAAGAACAAGGACGUUGAUAGAAACGAAAGUAAGAGAGAUGGGAAGAAGAUUGUCAAGGGUGAAGAAGGGGGCAUUGUUAGGAAGAGCAUGGGUCUUGAUUGGAUGCUGCCGCCAAUAAGAAAGGCUGAUCCAAACCCGGCCAUAGACGUAGAGGAAAAGUUUGAGGAAACAACAGUUGAAGAUGUGGCCAAAGUGAACCCAAAGGAGCUAAACCCUCAUUUCAAAGGCAAUGGAACCGGUUUUCCAGAAGAAGAGCCUGAGAAGAGACAUGGCAGAGACCAGCUUUUACCAACUUCUGUUGUUGGAGAUGGAGGUGCGAGUUGGAGAAUGAAGUUACUCAAGCGUGCAAAGGAACACGCUGCAAGAAACGGGCAAAGUCUUGAGGAGGUUGUUGGAGAACGAUAUGGUUCUCUUGGUGAUCUUGUUGAGUCCGUGUCAUCUCAACGAGCAGCUCCAUCUCGUGCACAUUUGCAUGCCAUUAACAAUAGAAGAAGAGUGCACACUGAAGAAGAGAACGAUAAAGAGAAGAAGCCAGAACGAGGUUCUGAGAAGGGUAAUGGUAGGGACUAUUUGAAGGACGAUUCGCCGCGUCACCGUGUAUUGAGAGCUCCCAAAACCGACCCUUCAUUAUCCUGGGGAAAGAGAAAGGGACAGACUCAUAGACAAGAAGACUCGAAGCUGAUAUCCGAAGCUGCAUCUCACUUGAAUAAGUUCUCAAACGAUGGAAACUUCAUGAAGGAAAUGCUUUCUAAGCAGAGGAAUGAAUCAGUUUCUUCUCCCAUAGAGACUCGUGAAGAACGAAGAAGCGAUGUGGAGCGGACAACAUUACCGUCUUCAGAGACCAAUAAGGAUAGUGAAUGGACUCUUCCUGGUAUUGAAUCUAUGAGUGUGAAUCAACUGGCUGCUAAAGCCUUACAGCUCCGUAUGAAAGGGAAACUUGAAGAAGCUCAGAAACUAACGGAAGAAGCAGAGAGGCUAAGAGCAAAGCAAGCAGUUGGAGACGAUUCAUCCAAAGAACACAGAACAAGAACUGCAUCGAGGUAUGAUGUCAAAGAAAUGUCAAGUAGAAGGAAGAGUGAAGAUGACGACACGGAUAUGCAUCUAGCCAAGAGCAUAAUGCAUAACAAACUGUACAAAACAGCAAACCAAGCUGCUGAUGAUGAGUAUGAAUACGGAGAAGCUCCAAGCAAGAAGUCCAAGAAGAAGCGUGAAACGUCGUCGUCCGUUCCUGAUAACAACCGAGUGAAACGCAUCUUGACGCAGCAAGAACGGUGCCUCUUCUGUUUCGAGAACCCUAAACGGCCUAAGCACUUGGUUGUGUCGAUCGCAAACUUCACUUACCUGAUGUUACCACAGCAUCAGCCUCUAGUCCCAGGCCACUGCUGUAUCUUGCCGAUGCAGCAUGAAGCGUCUAGCAGAAGCGUCGACGACAAUGUCUGGGACGAGAUCCGGAACUUCAAGAAGUGUCUCAUCAUGAUGUUUGCGAAAGAAGGGAAAGACGCAGUGUUUCUUGAGACGGUGAUCGGUUUGGCUCAGCAGCGUCGUCACUGUUUGAUCGAGUGCGUGCCGAUUCCGAAGGAGAUUGCUAAAGAAGGUCCUCUCUACUUCAAGAAAGCUAUUGAUGAAGCCGAGAGCGAGUGGAGUCAGCACAACGCGAAGAAGCUCAUUGACACUAGCGUCAAGGGUUUGAGGAACUCGAUACCGAAGAACUUCCCUUACUUCCACGUUGAGUUUGGUCUGGAGAAAGGUUUUGCUCAUGUGAUUGAUGAUGAGCAACAGUUCAAUAGCAAUCUUGGAUUGAAUGUGAUCAGAGGAAUGCUUGAGUUGCCGGAAGAAGACAUGUACAGACGGAGGAGGCAAGAGUCGGUGGAGAGCCAGAAGAAGGCUGUUGUGAGCUUUGCACGUGAAUGGGAACACUUUGAUUGGACGAAACAGCUCGAUUAG